UAGCAAUUCUAUAACUCUAUACAUGGGCGCCUUACAGUUCAAGUUGUUUAGUGCUUUGUGCUCCAUCUGCUUAAUAGCAAACGCAGAACUAAUAAAUUAUCUCCCCGGGCAACCCAAGAAAGUUACCUUCAAGCAAUACUCUGGUUAUAUCGUAACGGAUGAAGAGUAUGGUAGAUCCUUAUUCUAUUAUUUUGCUGAAGCACAAUCAAAACAUGCACUCACUCUCCCUCUGACAAUUUGGCUAGGCGGAGCAAAUGGUUGUUCUUCGGCUGGGAAUGCUAUAUUCACUGAAAAUGGACCAUUUAGGCCAACAAAAGAUGGCAAACUAAUAACAAACGCAUACUCUUGGAAUGUAGCGUCGAACAUGCUGUAUGUAGACUCCCCAAUUGGAACUGGUUUUUCAUUCUCCGAUACAAGCUCAGACUAUACCAAUUGGAAUCAAACCAUGACGGUAAAUGAAAAUAUGAAGUUCCUUCUCAAGUGGUUUGAGAAAUUUCCUCAAUACAAAAUCUCUGAUUUAUACUUGGCUGGAGAUGGUUCUGGAGGUUUCUUAGUUCCGCAAUUUGGUGCACUAGUGCUUGAAUACAACAAGAAAACAGACACGCCAGUGAACUUGAAAGGCCUUGCCCUUGGCAACCUGGGUCUAGGUACUCCGGGUUUAGCGCAUGAUGAUUAUUUAUGGUACCAUGGAGCCAUCUCUGAAGAAUUAUACAUUAUGCUAAAGACAGUAUGUAGUUCUGUAAAACAAAUCAAUGAAUCGCAACAUGGAAACAUGUCGAGAGAUUGCCAAAAAGUGUCGGAUAUGUUGGAUGAGGAAAUAGGCGAAGACUUCAAUAUGGAGAGUUUUCUUAUGCCCAAGUGUGUAUCCUCAAAUUCGAUUGCUAGUGAAGAUAUCAUUGGAGACCCUUGCCUUUCUCAAAACACAUUGGACUAUUUAAAUCAACCCGAAGUUACUAAAGCUUUACAUGUCAAUAAGAAACGCUCACCCAAGCAUUGGGAUAUUUGUGAAGGGCAACUUGAGUGUCGCAAGUCCGCAUAUUUGAUUAAAAACUUUGGGGCACUGGCAAGACUUCUAGAGAGACAUAUCCGUCUUCUGCUUUAUAGUGGAGAUCAAGAUGUACUUAAUCCCGUUGUAGAGACUAGGAAAUUUGCACAAAUGCUUGCUAAAGAAUUGCAGCUCAUCACAUUGCAGAAGAACAGACCUUGGUAUGAUGGCUCUCAGGUUGCGGGAUGGAGUGAAGGAUUUGGAAAAUUGAAGGAAGGAAUAAAUGUGACAUACUUGACUUUUGCAUCUAUGAGGGGUGGAUCUCAUUUUGCUCCAUCUACUUCUCCGUCAAAAGCUUUGAAACUUUUCAAAGCAUUUCUAGAGGGAUCUUCACCUGCCAUCAUUAUCUAACUUAUAAUCGCUUUGCCAAAAAAAUACACAUCCACCAGUGUUGGAGAUUUAUUGAAAAUAAAGCUCAAGUGUUAAUUGAUAUGGCCCUUCAACAUUUUAUAGUGUUGUAAUUUAUCAAAGUGGUGCUAUAAGAAUAUUUUCA